UGAACUUUGAGUGAUUCUAGUCUAAAGCAUUGUGAUUUGUAGCUUAUUUAAUUUUGAGGAGGAUACUCGUGAAGCAACAGCACAAUGAAUCGUUUCGUUGCAGUGAUGGCAUUGGUCACCCUGGUGCAGUCGCUGUCGAUUGAUGAUCGCACCUUGGACAUCAACGUUAACGUCGAGAAGAACUCCAACUCCUACCAUCACGGGCAACUUCGGGAAGGUGUGUUCGAGUAUGGACUGGAUGUCGUCAAGACGCAGGACCAUCACUUCCAGCACAAGGUCAAGGGUUCGGACGGUGUGACCUACGGAUGUUAUGGAUUUGUGGAUCCGGAUGGCAAACCUCAUCUGACGCACUAUGUCUCGGAUCUGAAGGGAUACCGGGUGGUCCCGCCAGAGCACGCCACCAAGAUCUACAUCUCCCGACUGGAGAAGAGCAUUACCAACGUAUACCAAGGCUCGGUUGCAAAGGACGUUCAAUGGAAGGACCUCUUCUUUCCACCAGCUUGUAGAAGCCUGCAAGCUGAACUGGAAAAGGCAGCAAGCGUUACCGUAACUCAGCGUGUAAGUGCUCCAAGAUCUACCACCACUCCACGACCAGUCACUACUCCACGACAGUUCUCCGCCAAACCCACAGCACCGAGAACGAGCACGACCCCGGCACCACCUCCACUGGAACCGGAAUUUACCGACAGCAGCAACGUUCACGAGUCCGUCAUCCCUCCCGCGGCUGGAUGCUCCAAAGUAUGCGACGAACUUAAGGGGGAACUGCAGGAAAUCAAGUCCAAGCUGAAGAGCCUGAUCGAUGGCCUGGCACGGAAGGAAGCCGAAGAGCAACAAGCCAAGAAGAAGAAGUCUGGUUCCGGCACUGGAGGAAAUGCUACUUAUGCCUAUUUCCCGGUGAUGUUGAGCGACAGUCUUCCGGAGGGAGCCUCAACCUCCGGACAGUUUGCGCUGCCAGCUUUCCAGUGCGGAAGGCAGUAAAGGCUAGGCGGGCUAUGUGGAAAGGAGUUAUAUUUUACAGGUUGUGAUGCAAGUCAAAUCGAGUGCAAUGUACAGAACUUAGGCUAAG